GAACGUCGGCGCUCCUGCCGCAGGGCUCCCURCGGAACUACGCGUCCCGGCGUGCCCCGCGCCGCCCCGCCCGCGCUUCCUGUUUCCUGCGGAGGGGCCUGUGCUGCAGGUCAAAAUAACUGUCAGACUCUGAAAGAAGCAUAUUCUUUAAGCAUGGAAGAAGAUACCAAACCUCUUCUGAUUCCUGUGGGAGGUGAUGAGAGCAAUUAUGGAAUCAUGAAUAUACAGUUUAAUCCAGAAGAUUUUAAAUGCAAAAGGCCAUUCCAUGUAGAGCCUACAAACAUAGUCAGCGUGAAUGAUGACACACAAAGAGUCACUGAUGAAGCUUCAGCAAUGAAUAAGAGGAUUCAUUACUACAGCAGGCUUGCCUCUCCUACACACAGGGCUCUGAUUGCUCCUGAUCAUGUACUUCCAGCACCUGAUGAAAUCUAUGUGUACAGUCCAUUAGGAACUGCUUUUAAAAUUGACAGUUGCACAGAUGGCCAUGGUAAAAACUCCAGUAUAGUGACAAUAUUUAUGAUAUGGAAUACAAUGAUGGGUACAUCUAUAUUAAGUAUCCCAUGGGGAAUAAAACAGGCCGGCUUUACUUCUGGAAUCCUUCUCAUCUUAUUGAUGGGCAUUUUGACGCUUUAUUGCUGUUACAGAGUUGUGAAAUCACGGAAAAUGAUACCUUUAAUAGAUACCUCACACUGGGAAUUUCCAGAUGUUUGCAAAUAUUAUUUUGGAUCCUUUGGUCAGUGGUCAAGCCUCUUGUUUUCUAUGGUGUCACUUGUUGGAGCCAUGGUAGUUUACUGGGUGCUGAUGUCUAACUUUUUAUUCAACACAGGAAAGUUUAUAUACAAUUUUGUUCAUAAUAUUAAUGUAACAGAAAUUGUUCCUGGCACUAAUGAAAGUAACAAAGUUAUUUGCCCGGGUGCUGCUAAAGAUUUUCCACCUCGGAACGGGAGCGUGACACUCUUUUCUGGCAACAGUACCAGUUUUGAGCUCUUCGAGGAGUGGUGGGACAAGUCACGAACAGUACCGUUUUACCUGAUUGCCACCCUCCUGCCCCUGCUAAAUCUGAAGUCUCCAUCUUUCUUUGCAAAAUUUAAUGUUCUAGGUACAGUUUCAGUUGUCUACUUAGUUUUUCUUGUCACUGUGAAGGCUGCUCAACUUGGGAUCCACUUAGAAUUCAACUGGUUUACAGAGAACGAAUUUUUUGUACCAGAGUUUAGAAUUCUGUUUCCUCAGCUCACGGGUGUUCUGACACUUGCCUUCUUCAUCCACAAUUGUGUCAUCACCCUUCUUCAGAAUAACAGGAAUCAAGAAAACAAUGUGAGAGACCUCUCCAUUGCUUAUUUCCUGGUGGGAUUAACAUACCUGUAUGUUGGCGUGAUAAUUUUUGCAUCUUUUCCUUCCCCACCAUUAUCCAAAGAAUGUAUAGAACAGAAUUUUCUAGAUAAUUUUCCCAGCGAUGACAUCAUGUCAUUUGUUGCAAGAAUAUUCCUGCUGUUCCAGAUGAUGACUGUGUACCCACUGUUGGGCUAUCUGGCACGAGUGCAGCUCUUGGGACAAGUUUUUGGAAAUGUUUACCCAAGCGUUUUCCAUGUGCUGGUCCUGAACAUAGCGAUUGUAGGAGCUGGAGUAGCAAUGGCAAGGUUUUAUCCAAAUAUAGGAGGUAUCAUAAGAUACUCAGGAGCAACAUGUGGUCUGGCCUUCGUGUUUGUGUAUCCAUCCCUCAUCUAYAUGAUCUCCCUGCAUCGUGCUGGGCAGCUGACGUGGCCAGCAUUGAUCGUUCACAUCUUCAUAAUCCUCCUCGGACUGGCUAAUCUGAUUGCACAAUUCCUAUUGUGAAAACUCCCCCUUCUCCCCACGGCUGCCACCARUGGUCCUGUGACAUUCGGCCACAGUCUUGAGCAACACUGUCCCCCAGGAGAACUGAGCAGUCCUCAGUGUGAACUGCUGAGAAGGCUGCGCCUCCGAAUGGCUUCACAUCCCGGCUUCCAGGCAUCUGUGAGGAAACCUGCUUGCUCCUCCGUAAACAUGGUUUUGUGAGAAGGGAAAUAGUUCCAAUUGGAGUGGAGUAGUUCCACUAUUUUUAUUGAACGUACAUCAAGGAUUAAUUAAACCAAAUAUUUUAAUUUCCUACAGCCCACAUCUCRAAACACUCAGCUUUCAGCCUGGGGCUGUAGAGCUCCUCUUGUUUUUAAAGAAAGGUUCUUACCUUUAUUAACAARCCUGCUUUCAUAGUGUUAUUCAGUGACUGUUUGAAAUCUUCUUUGUUGCAAUUUCCCUGUUUUCUCUGGAAAAUGACAAAAAAAAGAGAUUGUAUAUGUAUUUUUUCAGUUAAUUUAUAAUCAUUUGGGUCAAAAUGCACUCUUCAUUUUGAAUAUGCUUCUAAUUUUUUGGCAACRUGUUUCCUCUAGGAAAUUCCAAAUAAGAGAAACAAUAAACUGAUGUAUGAGUGUUUUAUUCAGAACCAACAUGUGCAAAAGUUAUUCGUGAGCUUACAAUGAACGAAAAUCAAAAAAAGUGUCAAAAAAUUGAAACCAGUUAGCAGCUCCAUUCAAACUGCAGCUCCAGGCUUGCCCUCACUUCAGCCUAGCAACUGGACUGGGAGGUCUUGUCAGGAGCUGAGGGUGCUUUGGGGGGAAUGUUGGGUGCAGUGCCCUUCACAGGCUUUCUAUGUCCAAAAAAAAAAUCAGCAAAUGUAAAGUGAUUGCAAGAUGACUAAGCAAUACUAAGCUCCAAAACGAGCCAAAGAGGAGUGAGGCGGAAGUGAUUCAAUGUUUGUAAAGUCAGAGUUGAGCUGGGAAAGCAGAUUAAAUAUCA